GCAGCAGAAGAAGAAGAAGGGGAGAAAGGAAGUGAUUUUGCCGCCAACGCUGGUGGAUUUAUUUGACAGUCGUGCGGUCGUCGCGCGUUAUUUGUGUUGGCGUUUUCUGUCCGACGAACUCGUAAAUAUCCGCUGAGGAGCAACAGAAUGUCUGACUGGACCGGCGGAAAUAACGUGGAUUGUGAGAUAAAGAGCUCGUCUGGGCGCCGGUGGUCCAACAGGAAGCGGGGAAUGGACGAAAACCCGCGGGCUGACCGGGACAAAAGACGAGCCACCGGGAACGAGAGCGACGACCAGCCCGGAGUCACCGACUGGGCCGCUCAUGUGGAGGACGAGGAGCUGAGAAGGAGCCGAGCUACUCCCCGAGCCACGACCCUGAGCCGCAGAGAGAGGAAAAACUCUUCCGGUUCUUCUGGGAGUUGUGACUCCAAAGAGGGGGACAACUUGGAGACCGACGAGGUCGUGCUGAGCAGGCGACAGAAACAGAUCAACUACGGCAAGAACACGCUCGCCUACGAUCGGUACCUCAAGGAAGUCCCCAAACACCUGCGCCAGCCGGGCGCGCACCCCAAGACCCCCAAUAAGUUCCGCAAGUACAGCCGCCGCUCCUGGGACCAGCAGAUCAAACUGUGGAAGGUCAAACUGCACGAGUGGGACCCCCCGGCACAGGAGGGCCAACAGGAAGCCCAGAACAACGUAGAAGAAUUGGAUUUUGAGGACGUUAUGGACACUGAGAUGGACUUUCCGACCUUGUCGGCUCCCGGGGAAGGAGACUGCACCGGUAGUCCACUCAAGAUCCAUAAGACUGAAAGCACUGUCGGCAUGGACUAGCUGCCCUCCACGUCUGAGAGACGUUUUGGUACCAUCAGACACAUCCACUGCGUACUCAGAUCCCCUUUUUUUUCCCUCUCCUUCCUUUCUUUCUGUUUUUUGGGAACUGAGUCUGGCAUCAUUAUCCUGGUAUGAGUGCAGUGCAGCUCGAUUUGUGUGGUUUUCUGUGAGGAAAAUGUGUCCAAGAGCUGCAAAUGUUGGUGUUUUUAAUGUAUUAAAAGAGUGAUGGUUCUGUUUUCUGCGAUCAGAUGUUUUCUUCAUAUAAAGCUAAAGUAUAUAGAAAGUGAGCGGUUAAAAGAUUCUGAAGAGGAAAGUGAAAGUGGUUUGUUGCUGUUCCCGAUUGUUUUUUAAUUGUUAUUUUUCUUCCUAUGCUCAAUUUUAAACACUGAAGUAUAUCAAUGAGGUUGUAUUGUAAUGACUGUUUUCUAAUAAAGUAUUGUUCAAAAGUGUGC